AUGCCAACCGGCACGAAAAUACUUUCUGCUGUUUCUUCGGGAGUCUCUGCGUGGGCCAAGACGGCCAAGAUAAACGUCGUCCAGCCGGACGGUACUCCAAAGCGAUAUUUCCUCAAGGUCGCUUCAGGCUGGAGUGCCAAGGCUCUGUGCGAGGGCGAAUAUGAGUCCCAGCUCACAAUCGAGGAGGCCGUCGGCCCAGGUUUUGGACCUAGAGCUCGAGCUUGGGGCGAGUUCGACUCAGGCGGCACACAUUUUUACUACUUCUUGUGUGAUUUCCAUGACAUGGAUAUGGCAACAGCGCCCGAGCCCUUCUCUUUUGUCGACAAGAUUGUCGCCCUUCAUCGGAGCAAAAAGUCUCCCACGGGCAAGUUUGGUUUCCACUGCGCCACCGUGUGCGGAUCCAUGCAGCGGACAGUCCCAUGGGAGGACAAAUGGGCCGACUCCUUCACGCACCUGCUCAAGGAUGUAAUUAGUUACGACAACCGCGUCAACCCGCCCUGGCCAGAGUACGACCGCGCAUGUCGCAUCACCAUCGACCGCGUUAUCCCCCGAGUCCUCGGCGCACUGCAGUCCGAUGGCCGUACUCUGGAGCCCGUCCUGAUCCACGGCGACGUGUGGGAACAAAAUGUCGGAAUCGACAUGGAGACGGGCGAGACCCUGGUCUUUGACCCGGGCUGCACAUAUGCCCAUAACGAGAUGGAGUUUGGCACCUGGAGAGGUUCCUGGGCUUCGUACUUUAGCGACCCCGUAUACCAGCGCCUGUAUCAGAUGCAAAUCCCGCCCUCGCCACCCGCUGAGGAGUGGGACGACCGGAACCGAAUCUAUGCCAUGCAUAUCAAUAUCAAUGACUCGGCCGGACACCCCGGGAGUACUUCGAGACAAGUCGCCUACAACGACAUGCUGUUUCUCAUUGCAAAAUAUUUCCCCGAAGAAUUAGAGGCAGACCCUGGCCUGGGGAGAUAUGAUCCACAACAAGACAUCAGUGUGACGGGAGCAUAUGUUCCUCAUGUUGUACAACAGCUCGAGUAG